GUCUGGAGGUCUUAGUGAUUUGCAAAGCAGAAGUCACUCGGAAGAGAUUAGCUAGCUUGCUAGAAGCUGAAACGUCUGUAGAUGUUGGAAUUUGUGCUAAAUGAGCUGCUUUGAACAGCGCUGACUCAUCGAGCGAGUAAUAGAGCUGAAAUCCCUGCUGUUGCCAUGGCAAUCCUGUUUGCUGUGGUGGCUCGUGGAACCACCAUCCUGGCCAAGCAUGCAUGGUGUGGUGGGAAUUUCCUGGAAGUGACUGAACAGAUCUUAGCCAAAAUCCCGUCAGAGAAUAACAAAUUAACCUACAGCCACGGCAGCUACCUCUUUCACUACAUCUGCCAUGACAGAAUCAUAUACCUUUGUAUCACUGAUGAUGACUUUGAGAGGUCACGUGCAUUCAGCUUCCUCAGUGAAGUCAAGAAGCGUUUCCAGACCACGUACGGGUCGCGAGCGCAAACAGCUCUGCCCUACGCCAUGAACAGUGAGUUCUCCUCAACACUGGCAGCUCAGAUGAAACACCACUCAGACCCUCGUGGAUCAGAUCGCCUCACUGACAGUCAGAUGCAAGUUGAUGACCUGAAGGGCAUUAUGGUCCGUAACAUAGACUUGGUAGCUCAGAGAGGAGAGAAGCUGGAAUUGCUGAUUGACAAGACGGAAAAUCUGGUUGAUUCAUCGGUCACAUUUAAGACUACGAGUCGUAACCUUGCGCGAGCCAUGUGCAUGAAGAACCUCAAGCUGACUGUUGUUAUUGUGCUGGUGUGCCUGGUGGUUCUUUACAUUAUUGUCUCUGCUGCCUGUGGAGGCCUCAGGUGGCCCUCUUGUGUCUCUUAAUGAGAGGAAAGUAGGAAUAAAAGAGAGGGAGAUAAAGGAGAAAAAGAUGAGGGGGAGAAGCUCCUGUUCAACUUGGCCUGCCAAUGGACACAAAGGGAAACACAGCUUUCCUUGCUUUACUCCUCCAGCUUCAGCAUCCCAGGAAGACAUAUGCUGCUCCUUGUCCGGCCUCCUUCCUCGCCCCCUCUUUGAUAGUGUGCACAUUGACUUGCCUUCUGGACAGGGAGUCCCUGCUCAUACCCACACUAAUGGACAGCAGCCAUGUGGCCUAAAACUGAUGUGGAACUAUAAUCUUGUCUUAUUCUAGUCUGGUACGUUCAUCCUGUCUCAUGCACUUAGUGGCCUGAUGUAUCAGUCUGUGAUACUGUCCUGCACCUAUCUAUGUAAUUAAUCCAUUCACACUGAUAACUGAAUGAACCACAAAGAUAGCAAAGACUACUUUGUCAUUUUCCUGCUUUCCCUUUGAUGUCAACAGAGAAAUAUGGGGCCUGCAAGUGUAAGUAGUAUUCAGAGUAUAUUGCAGAUCCGUCAGGAAGGACUCCCGCAAUGCAGUGUCUGGUCCAGUGACUGAGAACUCGUUUUUGACAAAACUGAUGCAGUAUACAGAUUUUCUGGUUUACGUUAUAUCUCCAAGCACAGUAGUAUCUUUUAAAAUGGAUGUUGUAAAAUACCAGAUAUGAUCAUACAAAUAAAUAUUGUAUAUUUGAUUGAUA